AUGUAUUCCUGCAUUUUUCAGCACCUUCACUUCGCAUCUUCCCCAAGCACAAAGGCUUUUAAUUCUUCCCUGCGUGAUAUGAGAAUUUGUGCUGUUUCAACCCCAGAGAAUCACAUACCGGCCGCUCCAAUUUUUCUCCCAGACGGACCGUGGAAACAGAUUCCUGGUGGAGUUACUGCUGCGAAGGGGUUCAAAGCUGCGGGAAAGUACGGCGGUUUACGUGCCAAAGGAGAAAAGCCCGAUCUCGCGCUUGUCACGUGCGAUGUUGAUGCUGUGUCUGCAGGAUCAUUUACGACAAACGUGGUUUCGGCUGCACCCGUGUUGUACUGCAAAAGGACGUUAGAUAUUUCCAAUACUGCCCGUGCUGUGUUGACUAAUGCAGGUCAAGCAAAUGCAGCUACGGGCAAAGAAGGUUAUGAGGAUGUGAUAGAAUGUGUGGAAAGCCUAGCCAAGCUGCUGAAAAUAAAGCCAGAAGAAGUAUUAGUUGAGUCCACUGGUGUAAUUGGUCAAAGAAUAAAGAUGGGAGCACUUUUAAACGCACUUCCCACACUAGCGAGUUCACUAUCAUCUUCAGUUGAGGGGGCAGAUUCUGCAGCAGUGGCAAUGACCACAACAGAUCUUGUUAGCAAGAGCGUGGCAAUUGAGUCUCUGGUUGGACAAACUAUGAUCAGAGUUGGGGGAAUGGCAAAAGGUUCUGGAAUGAUCCACCCAAAUAUGGCUACCAUGCUUGGUGUAAUAACAACUGAUGCUCGGGUAAGCAGUGCUGUUUGGAGAAAGAUGGUGCAAGUUGCUGUAAGCCGAAGUUUCAAUCAGAUAACUGUAGAUGGAGAUACUAGUACUAAUGAUACUGUCAUUGCUUUGGCUAGUGGGUUGUCUGGGCUAGGCUGCAUAUCUUCUUUAGACAGUGAUGAAGCUAUUCAACUUCAGGCAUGCCUAGAUGCGGUAAUGCAAGGUCUUGCCAAAUCAAUAGCUUGGGAUGGAGAGGGAGCAACAUGCCUCAUUGAGGUCAGUGUGACUGGAGCAAACAGUGAAGCUGAAGCUGCAAAAGUUGCACGCUCAGUUGCAUCAUCUUCACUUGCCGCUAUAUAUGGUAGAGACCCCAAUUGGGGACGCAUUGCCGCUGCCGCUGGUUCCUCAGGGGUUUCAUUCCAUCAAUAUGUACUUAGGGUGGAGUUGGGGGAUAUUUUACUAAUGGAUGGUGGGGAACCACAGUUGUUUGAUCGGCACGCGGCAAGUACUUAUCUCCGAAAGGCUGGGGAGACUCACGACACAGUGAGAAUACAGUUAUCAGUUGGCAAUGGACCAGGACGUGGACAAGCAUGGGGCUGUGAUUUAAGCUAUGAUUACGUUAAAAUAAAUGCUGAUGCAGUAACCAAAAUUUGCCUUAUGCCUGCAGUCACAGCUGUGCUUUCAAUGGCGAUAGCAGAAACUAGCUAUGCCGAUUCCAGUCAUGUAAAUAUCAGCCGUUUAAAGGUCCUUCCAGCAAUGCUACCUAGAAGCCUGAUUAGUUAA